AUGCGCCUCGCUAUCCUGUGGCUGUUCUCCGGCCUUCUGCCGGGGAUUCAGGAUGGGAUGUGGGCUUCGGUGCGGGCACAACAAACUGGUCGAGAUGUGCUCCUCUCGCGGAUGGGGAAUCCACAGAACGAGCUCAACACCAGACGACUGGCUAACGCCUCGAGUUAUCUGACUAGGAACUACAUUGCUAAUAGGAUCAAUACGCUGGUAGUGCGAGAGAACUGUGUGGAGUGUCGAUAUGAGCCUACCGACCGCCAGCGACAGCUGGUAGACCAGAUCCUGGCCAGCCUCGCUCCGGACCUCAGUGUCCUGCUCCACAAGGGCACUGCAGAGGAGACUACCUCGGAGUACACACUCUUCGUGGUCAACGACCACACCGCUUUCACAGGUCAGGUGUUCAUCUUUCCCGACGAGCUGCUGGAGCGCGAGUUCUUCUGCAUAGUGGUGGUGUCGGAAAUCCAGAGUCCCCAAUUUGUUAGGCAGACCGUUGGAUCGAUUGUGAAAUCCAAUCUGAUGAUGCAUUUCGUCAAUGUGGUGGUGGUGGCCCAACUGGAGGACGGAACGGUGGGCACCUACAGCUACAAGCUCUUCAAGGCCAACUGCAGGCCGGGCAUCACGGUGCGGCAAAUCAAUCACUUCGACAGGAUCACCGGAGAGCCGCAAAAGAGUAUGCCGGACUUGUAUCCCGUGCGGAAUGGCCACUUGGGCGAUUGUCCGUUCAACGUGAGCGCCACCCACCUGCCGCCACACUUGAUCUACAAGCGGUACAAGGAUCCACCUCCGGCCAGCAAUGAGUCCAUUCCGGCUGAGGAUCUCUCCGGCAUCGACUGGGAUCUGCUCCAGCUUCUGGCCAAGGCGCUAAAGUUUCGCAUCCAGCUUUAUAUGCCCCAAGAACCCAGCCAGAUCUUUGGAGAGGGAAACGUGUCCGGCUGCUUCAGGCAGCUGGCAGAUGGCACCGUGUCGAUAGCCAUCGGCGGCUUGAGUGGCUCGGACAAGCGUCGCUCCCUGUUCUCCAAGUCCACCGUGUACCACCAGAGCCACUUUGUGAUGGUGGUGCGCAGGGAUCGGUAUUUGGGUCGCUUUGGCCCGCUGAUCCUGCCGUUUCGCGGCAAAGUGUGGGGCAUGAUCAUCAUGAUCCUGGUGCUGGCUGUGCUGAGCACCUGUUGGCUCAGAUCCCGUUUGGGCCUGAGUCAUCCAAUGGAGGAUCUGUUUACGGUGAUUGUGGGCAAUCCGAUACCCAAUCCAAGGAUGCCGGGCAAGGGAUUCCUUCGAUACUUACUGGCCAGUUGGAUGCUACUCACUCUGGUCCUGAGGUGUGCCUAUCAGGCGCGACUCUUCGACGUUCUUCGCCUCUCGCGCCACCGCCCACUUCCCGAGGAUCUCAGUGGUUUGAUUAAGGACAACUACACCAUGGUGGCAAAUGGGUACCAUGACUUCUAUCCCUUGGAGCUCACCUGCCGGCAGCCCCUAGACUUUUCGGCACGAUUCGAGCGGGUUCAGAGGGCAGCUCCGGACGAAAGGCUAACCACAAUCGCGCUGAUCAGUAACUUGGCCUACUGGAAUCACAAGCACCCGAACAUCAGCCGUCUGACCUUUGUUCGCCAGCCGAUCUACAUGUAUCACCUCGUCAUCUACUUUCCCAGAAGAUUCUUUCUCCGGCCAGCCAUCGAUCGGAAGAUCAAACAGCUGCUGAGCGCCGGGGUGAUGGCCCACAUCGAAAGGAGGUACAUGCAGUACGAGAAGAAACAUAAGGUGGCUUCUAACGAUCCAGUUCUCCUGCGCAGGAUCACCAAAAGUAUAAUGAACGGGGCGUACCGUAUCCACGGACUGAUGAUUGUUCUGGCCACAGGGAUGUUCAUCCUGGAAUUGCUGGCGGGGCGCAGCAGUGGCAGACUAAGGCGGUGGAUGGAGUGGGUGCAUGAAUAA